GGCUGCAGCUCCAGGUCAGACACCCGAGCGGAGUUUCUCACAGCAGCCAGCGAGGAAAAGUUGCGAGGCGCGGGUCUGCGUUCUCCUCCAGCCCGUGUGGAGCUUCUCUCGCUGCGGCAGAGCGGCUGUACGAUCCUCGGCAGUGUUCUGAGACUGUACGGCCCCCGACCCGCCGACUCCAGCCCCGGAUCUUCAAACCAGGUUCUGGACCGGGACCGGGACGCCUCCAGACCCGUCUCAAACUUUAACUUUCGACUCUGAAGUUGGACUUUUUGGGGGAUUUUAUUCUAUACAGCUGCCGUGCACAAGACAGAGCAUGACGGCAGAUAAGGAGAAGAAGAGGAGCAGCUCGGAGCGGCGUAAGGAAAAGUCUCGGGAUGCGGCUCGAUGCAGACGCAGCAAAGAGACGGAGGUUUUCUACGAGCUGGCACAUCAGCUGCCGCUACAGCACAGCGUCAGCUCCCACCUGGACAAGGCCUCCAUCAUGAGGCUGGCCAUCAGCUUCCUGCGCACACGCAGGCUGCUCGCCACAAGCAGCAGCAGCGACAGCAGCAGCAGCAACGAUGACGACGGACAGAUGGACAGUCUGUACCUGAAGGCUCUGGAGGGUUUCAUCACCGUGGUAACGUCAGACGGCGACAUGAUCUUCCUGUCCGAGAACAUCAACAAAUUCAUGGGGCUCACGCAGGUUGAGCUCACUGGUCACAGCAUCUUUGACUUCACACAUCCAUGUGACCACGAGGAGAUCAGAGAGAACCUCAGUCUGAAGACAGCAGGAAGUGGCUUCGGCAAAAAAGGCAAAGAUCUGAGCUCAGAGCGGGAUUUCUUCAUGAGGAUGAAAUGUACGGUGACCAACAGAGGACGCACCGUCAACCUCAAGUCAGCCAGCUGGAAGGUGCUGCACUGCACCGGACACCUGCAGAUGUACAACAGCUGCCCUCCUCGGGUGCUGUGUGGCUUCAAAGAGCCGCCGCUCACCUGCGCCGUCCUGAUGUGUGAACCCAUCCCACACCCGUCCACAAUCGACAUGCCGCUGGACAGCAGGGGCUUCCUGAGCAGACACAGCAUGGACAUGAAGUUCGUCUACUGCGAGGACAAGGUGACAGAGUUGAUGGGAUACACUCCUGACGAUCUGCUGGGACGCUCCGUCUACGACUUUUACCACGCUCUGGACUCGGACAUCGUCACCAAGAGCCACCACAACUUGUGCACCAAGGGCCAGGCGGUGACCAGCCAGUAUCGUAUGCUGGCUAAGAACGGCGGCUACGUCUGGGUGAAAACCUACGCAUCCGUCAUUUACAACAACCGCAACUCUCAGCCACAAUGCAUCAUAUGCAUCAACAACGUCCUCAGUGACAUCGAGGAGAAGUCCAUGAUUUUCUCCUUGGAGCAGACAGAGGCCCUGUUCAAGCCUCGACACAUGAGCAGCUUCUUCACUGCCGGAGGAGUCGGCAUGACCGGAGAACCGGGAGGCGCCCUGUUCACAGAGAUGAAAGAGGAACCGGAGGACCUGGCUCAGCUGGCUCCAACUCCUGGAGACACAAUCAUCUCCCUCGACUUCGGUCGCUCUCAGUUCGAUGAGCCCCAGCAGUCGGCCUCGUACAGCCAGGUGUCUGCUCCAGCCAUGCCCCAUCCAGGACCUCCAUCCUGGGCCAGCGAGAGCCACAAGCCUGCUGCUGCUGCAACAGGCCAGACUCUGGCUCAGGUUCCAGGGGACAUGGCUAAGAUGGCCAGUACAUUCACUGUGCAGCAGAACCCGCCACCGGGCAGCUCCACUCCGAGCCUCAGCAGCUGCUCCACGCCCAGCAGCCCAGGUGAUUACUACAGCUCAGUGGACAGCAACCUGAAGGUGGAGCUCACUGAGAAGCUGUUUGCUCUGGACACUAAGGGCAACGACGGCUCUGCAAACACUGAGAGAGACUUAAGUGACUUGGACCUGGAGACUUUGGCACCUUACAUCCCAAUGGACGGAGAGGACUUCCAGCUGAAUCCCAUCAUAUCUGAGUCGGAGUCCCUGGAGUCCAGACCAGCAGGAUCCAUGGGAAGCAACAGCAACCUGCCACAGAUACACCAGGCCACCCACCACAGCUUCAGCAACAUUGCCAGCCUCUUUCAGCCCCUCUCCUCGAAUCAUCAGCCUCCAGGCUGCUACCAGCCCCAGCCAUCGGCAUCCUGGGCUGCAGGGGAGAAGAGAGGCUCUAGUCGGGGAGCCAUGGACCUUCGAGCAAGGUCAUACGUGAUGGGGCAUAUACAGAAUCCACCGUACCAGUCUCCGCCCAGCGCUCCUCUGUCCUCCAUGGGUGGCAGACAGAAUCUGCAGUGGCCUCCAGACCCGCUGUUAACCUACCAACAACAGCAGCAGCAACCGAGGGGCACCAAGACCUACCUGAUGGACACUUUGUCAAGAGAAGAUCGUCCGUCCUGCCAGCAGAACAUGUCCCAUCUUCUGCAAAAACAGAGGUCUGUUGACAAUUUCGUACAAGCUUGCAAAGACAUGAGUCCAGUCAGAGUGGCCAUGACCAACAAUAUCAAGCGCUCCUAUCAGAUGGCUGUGGGUGAAAGUACGCCGUCAGAUGCCAUAUGGAAGAAGAUGAGGCCUGACCCCUGUAUGGAUCGCUCACUCAGCGCAGGAUCUCUGACAGAGUCAGGGAUGGGCAGGAUGAUGCCUGGCAACAUGUCUUCAUGUUUCAGCCCUCUGCAACAACACAGGAAGACUCAGUACCAAGGAAAUGGGAUAAGCGGUGCAAAUGAAAAACCCUUCUCCCAAAAGAGCUACAACUACACAGACUAUAACAUGCUGCCUUCUAGCAAGACAGAGGGCAUAGCGAGUCGCUUGCUGGGCCCGUCGUUCGAGCCGUCGUGUUUGCCGGAGUUGACCCGUUACGACUGCGAGGUGAACGUUCCGCUGCAGGGAAACCUGCACCUCCUCCAGGGCUGUGACCUGCUGAGAGCCCUGGACCAGGCCAUGCUCUUGUAGUUCUCUAUCUCACCCAUGUCAUAAUAAAAAACAAGCUGAAAUAUCAGGGUCAAGCCACUUACACCCCUUUUCCGCUGCAAGUUCUUGACUUAAAUCAGAUCCAGGUUUACCGCCAGUGUGCCAGAGCUGCCCUGCAUAGAUGACCAACAUAUAUCAGAUUAACGUGGGUCGCACUGGGUUUAAAAGAAAAGAAAAAGGUCAAUGCUGGACAGUAAACAGAUUAAAUGUCCUGUUUUAAAGAGUCUUGGCACUGGGAUUUCACUGGUUUGGUGCCUCUCACAGGCAGACAGCACUGUGGUCAGGCAGGUCUUUGGUGUAAAAGGGGUGUUAGUGGUGUGGGAUUAUAUCAUACAACCUGCCUUAAAGGCCAGCUCUGCCCCCAGCAUCUACAGCCAUACACCCCGACUACCAGCCAGUUCCUGCUUAGCAAGGCGGGAAUCCAAUAGAUACAGAACAGGUCACUGCCGCAGACCUGACAUGGAGUCUAUGCAGCUCAAAUCCCAGCCCGAGUCUUCCCUCUGUUAGCUCAGCCACAGAGCUCAGAGGAGAAGAAACUAAACGACCUACAGAGACACUUUAAGCGACCAGCAACCUGCAGACACAGCCCUCUUUUUCUAGUUCCAGUCAAAGCCUCAAGCCAGAGCUGGGUAUCACAAACUGGUUCUGAAUUGUAGCCAUUUAAAAUUAAUGAUUAUAGGAACCAAUGAGUGUUGCAAAAAAAAGUCUGAUUCUGCUUAUCGAUUCCCAAAGAUUAUGUUUUUUUUAAAUUGUUGUGGUGCAAUAUGUGGGACUGGAGCACUUUAAAGUGAGGCUACAUGUAAUUACGGUGCCAUUAUGAUUAAUUAUUAGUACUAACCUUCUUUUUUACGCUAUAUAGGGCUUGUAAUCACUUGAAAGUUAUUUUUUCCUCUUUAAAACAGAUCAGAAAGGGAUAAAACCAUUAAUUCACAUGUGAUAGACAAAAAACAUUUCCUAUUCCUAAUCAUCUUGUUAUAAAUUAUCGUACAAAAUGCAGCAUUUUUAAAGACUGGAAUGAUGCUACCUGAGUGUAGCCGACUCAAGUCGAAACAACUUGUACGUGGCGAUAUAGAGAAUAUUUUUAUGUUUACUGUGUGAUAAAAACACUAUAUUGUAAAUAGAAAGUCUCUUUGAGAUUACAAAGAUUUGUCUUUUUGUUCAUUGUGUUUAAGAAUCAGGAUGUGAUGAGAACCAAUAGGCAGAAUCAGAAUCAGUAAAAUGAUACCCAGCUCCAAGCCUUGUCCGCAUUUACAGUAAAGACAUCCUGAAUCCAUCCCAUCAUAAGCCAGUUCACAACAGCAUAACAUCUGUUUGGGUCAAUUUUAAACGCGUAUGUUAUUUUUGAGUUAUUAUAGUCGUUGCUUCUGUUACUGAAUUGAGUCAUUUUAGCUUUUAUCAAACCUCCCCCUCCACAUUAUUUAAUCCAAAUCGAAGACACUUUGCCAUAUCAACACUGCUUUGUUCCUAAUUUCUCCUUUAUUUUAACUUCAACCUACCAGAUUCUUUUAUUUUCUGUGUGCGUGCCUCUUUCUCAGAGACACCGUAAUACACAUAUAUUGUAAGACAUGUACUCUAUAAGUUGAAUAUUAAGUUGUUUUAUUUCUGUCUUCUUAAAUCUGUCUUUAAUUUGUCUAAACAUGUUUUUGGUUUUUCUCGGUCAGGUAAAUAGCUUGUGUGACUACAGGGUUUUUUUUUUCCUUAUCGUGCAAUUAUUUCAUUCAGCUAAAGCUUAUAUCGUAACAAAAGCUGUCCUGUAUCCACCUGAUUAAUAGCUUUCACAGAGGAAUGUGACUUGCACACUAUAAAGAGUUCAUAUGAGGUUAUAUUAUUAAACUUCACGCAAUACAGAAAACCAGAAAGCCAACCAGUGGUGUGCACAGAACCAGGAGAGAGGCAGAGAAAGGUUUGAUUUGUGCCCUUAAAGGCUCCUGUAGUCCACCGAACGUAAAUUCCCAUGUUUUGCCAGUUUUUAUCAAAAGCAAACUUUACGGUUUUACAUUUUUCUGCAUUUCCAGACAGACUUUGGUUUACUUUUAGUCGUUUAUGAAGCGUGAAAAUCGAUUGGUAGAAUCUUAAACUGACUUUUGAGAUUGAGAACAUUAAGUCAAAUAUUUUCUUGCAUUAUAGUACAGUUUAACCCUCUAAAUGCCAGAACAAAUCACCAAAAUAACACAAUUUCUCAAAGCCAGAAUCAUCAGAUUUUGAACUUUAUCCAGGUCCUUGAACUACUUAUCUGUGGCAUGUAAAACUAACCAAAUCUCAGCUUUGUGAAAAAUCGCUGUAUUCUACAUAUCUUGUUUGAAAUGUUACCAAAAAUAAACAGUAUAGACUAACUAAAUUCUGUGAAAAACUAAAAAUGUUGUGCUCCACAGUGCAAACCGAAAGUCAUGAUUGGCUCAUCUGUGACAAACAAUCAAUCAAUAAAAGUUCACAGACUUUUUUGGCUGAACUACAAGCUGUGUGGAAACACAGCAGAUAAGUCUGGAAACAAAAUCCAUUUUUACCUCCGCCAGGAGGUUACGUAAUCAUUGGAGUUUGUUUGUCUGUCUGUUUGUCUGUUAACAGCAUAACUCAAUGCUGUAUGCUUAUGCUGUAAACAGACAAACAGACGGCCUGGCGGAGGUCUGCGCUUUCCGAGUGCUUUUCUAGUUUCCAGUGUUGUUAACGUCUACUGAUUGUGUUAGCUGCAGGUUUUUUCUAACAUAAAUAACCACAGAAGUUCAAUUUUAUUUUAUUUUUUUAACUUUAUAUGUACAAAAUGAAUUCAGAGGGUUAACAUGAAUGUGAAAAUUUUGCACUAAAUGCUGUAUAACCUUUUUUAAUUCAAUUAACUGCUUGUUUAAAAUAAGUUACAAUGCUAUAGAAAUCCCACUAAGGAGUAUUUUCAUCUUAUCUGGCAAUAAAAUUGUGGACAGUAGUGAAGGAAGCUCGUUAUUGCAUAUCGCCUGUUUUAUCCAAUCAUCAGUCUGACACCCAAAUUUACAAAUAAUAUAGUGUGCAUGCAAAAGUUUUGAAUCGAAGCUUACAUGUUACAAGAUUUGACAUGCAAAUCAGUAUCUUUUCAUGUUUUCUUACAUUUUUUUCCAUCUCAUGAUGUUUUUUUGGUUAGUAUAGCGUAGAAAUGAGUAGAAACCAGCAUGUGCCUGGAACGGUAGAAUAAAAAGGGUUUGCAGAAUGAUUAGGUCGUAAUGUGAAGUAUGUGAGAUUUGUCACAUUUUAAGCCAGCUGGAGGGUUUUUUAGCCAAUCACAGGGGCAACUGGGGUUAAUCAGAAGUGCUGUAGGAGGGAUCAGAGGAGCUUUCUGGCUGAUCAUGAGGGCACUCGAGCUGCCCAGACGGCCCAUUUAAGCGCCGCUUUGGGCCCAAAGAACACUUAUUCAAGCUGCCUCAGUUGCCCCUUUUUGUUUUUAACUGGGGCAAAAGAUCCAGUUGUCACCCCCUAACCGUUCUGUGUACACCACUGCAAUAUUAAUAACUCAUCCAGACUUUCCAGUUCAUGUGUAAAUAGCAGAUGUAGUGCAGCACAGCAGCCUGUGAAGUAACUUGAAAGUGGAGUUUUGUGUAUUUUUUUAGGACAAGGCCAGGUUUCCUUCACUAAACAGAGUGGCUGCCAACACUAGAAAGCUUUCAAACUGAAUAUUAUUUUACUACAAGCUGUCAUUUUCACCCACAUGAUGUCCGAUUGUCACCAUCCUGUAUUCUCAAAUGCAUUUUCCUUAAUCUCACUCAAUUUCUUUUUUCUUUUUGAGGUAAUUGUCUCUGUGCAGUGACCACUUUUGAGUAUGAAUCCUAGAGCUAUUUACACAUAUACGUUAUGUAUUUAAAAAGACAGAACUAAUGUUAGUCGAUAGUGUUUUUACUGUUUAUGUGUCCUGGUACUUUGUCCUCGCCUACCCCUCUUUAACUGCAACUCGCAGUGCUGUUUUCCUCUCGUGCUGUUACUGUGUUAUGGUGGCUGUUUUUUGUUUUCCGCCCUGUUUUUUCCCAGAGUUUUAUCCUAAAGUAUGUAUUGAAUCUGUUGGCUGGCCAGUACUCUUGUUGUUCUUUGCUUUAAAAAUUAAAAAAAAAAUAACAGGACAUAAGUUCAGAUUACAAGGUAAAAUAUCACUUUUCAGAUAUGUAGCAUUUUGAAUAUUGUAAAGAAGGUGAAGUCGCCGCAUUAAUUAAUCACAUAGGUUUCCAGUUGCGUAUAUAUAAAAGCAAUGGUGCUUCAUAGACCAUGUAUGUGUCAUUUUUGGAACUUUUAUUACGUCUCUUGGACCCACUAACACUGUAUUUUGAUGUUCUUUGCCUUAAGUUGUGCUGAAGUUUUCUUUAAAGCUCGUUUUAACCCGUAUAAUGUGCCUUAUUGUGAUUUUACAGUUGUUAAAUUCACCCUUCAAGGGCACAGUUUGUUACUCGCAACCUGUAGAUGACAUCCUUUACCUCCUGGAGGUUAUUAUUGAAUAAAUCUUGACCUGAUAUUGUAUCUUAUGUGGAAAAAAUAGUUCACAUUCUUCUUUUUUCACAGCUUUAAUUGAAAAGGGCAUGUAAACUCUGUCUCCAGAGCCCUUUGACAUCAAUAUUUUUCAGUAAAAGUUGAUUUAUUUCUUAUAAUAAUUGGAAAAACUGAGAUACAAUGUCACGGUUGGGGUGUUUUUAAUAAUAACCCCUCAGGUUUUGUAGUAAACUGCUCCUUUCUAGCCUCCACUCAUGUAUUUAGAUGCCAAUAGAACCGCCAAAAUACAGUAGAAACCCUUUAGAACUGCUUUUAGAUCUUCUGGUGAUGACGGGGUUUUUAAAUAAAGGGGUUGCCCAGCUCAUCAAAUGGCGUUGGUGGGUUUUUAGGCAUUAGUCGAUAAAGAUUUGACUGUACAAGUGAAAGUUGAGCUCUCUUUUGCUUUGAUAAAUAGCGUCUCAACAUUUAAACGUGGACACUGGAGAGUUUUCAGGCACUAGUGCUGCAAGAAAAGCUGUCUUACGUGAAGGUUACAAGCUGAAUGUUGUUAGAACUGCGUAUAUGUCCUUUAACAGUUCAAGCUUAAGAAAUUAAAUUAAAAGCAUAUGAAAGUCUCUUUAAAAUGCCAAGAAGUGGAACUAUAAAUCUGAACUUCAAUCUUUAAUUCACCACAAAGCAAAAAUGUUCAGUUAAUUGGGAAAUCUAAGAAAACCAAUCUUACUGCACCAUUGACUACAUUAAAUAAACUUUCCUCUAUUUAUUCAGUUUAUUUAGUUUUUUUUUCCAACUUAAGUUGAAGUAGUUUCAUUUUCAGAACUUAAAAUUCUCAGUUUAGUGUCAAAUUAGCUAUUUAACCCAUGAUUUGUAUUAAAGUUAAUUACAUGAUGUGUCUUCUUACACAUCAAGAAGUAUAUGUUCAAAAAUAUAAUUAUGCAAACGGUGAUAAAGUUAAAUUUAACACCUCCUGCUCUGUUUCUAUGUAAAUACUUAAAUCUUCACAGUCAGAUUGAAUGGGAUCCAUUUAUUUGAACCGAUUAGCUUGAAAACAAUGAUUGUUUUAAGCAUGAAAACAAAUAAUUAGUUGAGUGAUAUGUGAAGAGAGACGUUUUCUGCUCAGUCUGCCCACUGAUACAGAUUGUUUCCACUUGUCCACUCAACUGAUCAUUUUAAUUUAGCAAAAAUCUUUUUUUGUUGUUUUCAAUUUUAGACAAGAGUGCAAUUUUAUGAUUGACAAAACUGGAGGUUCUUUAAUAUUUUGUUAUUCCUAUUUAUUGGGUCUUAAGUAAAGUCCAAAAUAAACUUUACUUCUAGGUAGUAGAAGAUUCUGAUAGAUUUAUUAGCAGGCAUUCCUAAACAUACUAUAUGUAUAUAGAGAGAAUUAUUUUACAAGGGGAAAAUUGACUAGUUAGCAAUUUCCCAUUAAGAUGCCGCUUGCCUCCGCACCAUCAUGUGCUCUGCUACAUGCGCUGCACUGUAAACAAUGGACAAACAAUGCGAUGACACCAUUUUUGGUUUUUCUGCAUUUUAUUCUAUCAAAAAAUACAGUUUUAAUGUCGGCACAUAGUGGAGGGUCCCAAACCCUAACCCUAAUCACUGAUGAGCCAAUAUCAUCCAAUAACAUCGCUUUAAUUUCAAGAUUUUAAACUUUAUAGAAAGCGAGGUUUUGAGAUAAGCACCUUACUGCAUGUUGAAAGCAUGUUUUUAAAUCAUUACAGUUGUUUUUAUUGCCGAUUUAAGAAAUGAAAUAGAAAUAAUCUUCCAUUUUUGGGGACCAAAGAUGCUAAAGGACAAGCUUUGAAUUUAAACUAAAGAAAAACAGCAGCUCAGAAGGAUUUUUUAACGACUCAUAAGAAACAAACUGUAUGUGGAAACUGUUGGCUAUAUGGAAGUCGAUUUUAAAAUAAAAAUCUAGACGGAGGAGAAGUCCCGCCUUUGUUCUGAUUUUGCUUCUGCUCCACUAGCUUCAGACAGAAAAUAGUGAGGAAAAUGAUCCACCUGAUUAUUUUACACACAUUUUAUAAGCGUUAACCGCUGUUGGACCUUUAAAAACACUAACAAUCAGAAGCUAAACCAAACCCAGGCGGGGCUUCGGCUCUAUUUAUCUCUAGAAGGCUUCUCACCAGUGCUAGUGCUCAACACACUGUGCUGCUUGAAGGGCUUUUUUUUUGUUGUUGAACUAAAAAUGAUCCGCUCUCUUUAAAGACAGCAUCAGCAUUUUGUGUUUCUUCUUGUGUAACAACAGGGUUUUUGUUUUCUUUGUGGGAUCCAUGUUCAGCUACUUUUAUUCUGUUUUUUUUUUUUUUUUUUUGUCAAUGUCAUACAGCAGAUAUAUCGGCUAAUUCAGAUUUUUUUAAUAUGCGAAAAAUUCAUAUUGAUCUUAUCAUUAUAAUAUAUUGUUAUCAUUGUUAUUACUAUAUGGGGAAUUUAACCUGAUAAGAAGUUUGUGUUUCUGCACUGAUAUCUUAUUAAAGCAUACUGAUCUCA